AUGCAAUUACUCGUGCUCGUGACCAUCGUGCUCGUGACCAUCGUGCUCGUGACCAUCGUGCUCGUGACCAUCGUGCUCGUGACCAUCGUGCUCGUGACCAUCGUGCUUGUGACCAUCGUGCUCGUGACCAUCGUGCUUGUGACCAUCGUGCUCAUGACCAUCGUGCUCAUGACCAUCGUGCUCAUGACCAUCGUGCUCGUGACCAUCGUGCUCUGCUGUACUCCUGCCACUGCUGUGCGGUUGCCCCUCCCCCUCCCUCAAAACCCACCCAUCUAG